AUGCGCGCCCAGCGGCAACGUACAUUGUGUCGCGUGCCCUCGUAUUUCAUCCCCGGAUUGCCCAGCCCCACCAGCAUCCACGGCCCGCCCCGCCCCGCAUCCCCCUUGCUCCGCGCGCCCGGCGCCCCCGCGGUCUCCCCCACCGCCUCCCCCGCGGCGCUGGUCGUGACGGCUCUACGUUUGCUGACGUGGAAGGUCGCCGCGCCGUCUGACGUGGAUCGCUUCAUGAAUGACCCUUGUCUCACCUGCCUGCCCUCAUCCCACAGCAUUGUCUCACCUGCCUGCCCUCAUCCCACAGCCUUGUCUCACCUGCCUGCCCUCAUCCCACAGCAUUGUCUCACCUGCCUGCCCUCAUCCCACAGCAUUGUCUCACCUGCCUGCCCUCAUCCCACAGCAUUGUCUCACCUGCCUGCCCUCAUCCCACAGCCUCGUCUCACCUGCCUGCCCUCAUCUCACAGCAUUGUCUCACCUGCCUGCCCUCAUCCCACAGCCUCGUCUCACCUGCCUGCCAACAUCCCACAGCCUCGUCUCACCUGCCUGCCCUCAUCCCACACGCCUUCCGCUGUCUGCGCCUCCGCCACCGACACCGCGUGCGCGCGAGCUCUCCCCCCAUGGGGGCGCUGCGCUCUCGCCGCGGAACUCGACAAGCUGCAGGGCGAGGCGGCCGUGCGCGCGUCGACGCGCGGAAGGUGGGCCGAGCGCGCCGAAGACGGACAGCAUGGAGGGGAAACCAGUUGGCAACGGAAGGCCGGAGCGGCUGCGACGGACGCGGUGAACCGCGCAGAUAGCGACGAGAGGGACAUUGCCGGCCCUGCUGCACACGCGGCAGGCGGCAUGGCGAAUGCGGCUUUCCGCGCGGAUGGUGCAAGGACGGCGCAGGCUUCCAGCGCGCGGAGAAUGGCGGGCGAACGACGCGGAAAGCAGCGGGCAAGCAUGGAGGUGAAGGGUUUCAGCGGGUGA